AUGGACAUGAGCCUGAAGCAGACCGUGUCCUAUAAAAGCUCCGUGACGAGUGAGGCCGUGUACAGCUCUCCUAGCGGGAGGUUGGGACUAGAAGUGACAGCGCUACAGAAACCCAGCCACAAGCAGCUCCCACUGGAGCCUCGUGAGACGGCAGCCGAUGAUGGGAAUUCUGGAGGCAGAGGUGCAAUCAGAUCGGCUGUGAACAGCUUACAUAGCAAAUCUAAUAGAGCUGAAGGUGUAAUAAAUGGCUCCUCACCACCAGCUGUUGUUGACAGAAGCAACGAGAGCAUUAAACACAACAUCCAGCCGGCCUCAGCCGCGUGGAGGCACAACCAGACGCUGUCUCUGAGGAUCAGGAAACAAAUCUUAAAGUUCUUGGAUGCUGAGAAGGACAUUUCCGUCCUCAAGGGGACCCUGAAGCCCGGAGACAUUAUUCAUUACAUCUUCGACCGAGACAGCACGAUGAACGUGUCCCAGAACCUGUACGAGCUCCUGCCCAGGACCUCGCCGCUGAAGAACAAGCACUUCCGGACCUGUGCCAUUGUGGGCAACUUCAUCAUAAGAUACUGGCUGACCAACAAGGUGCACAUCAAAAGACCCACCACCGGCCUCCUGAUGUACACCCUGGCCACGCGCUUCUGCAACCAGAUCUACCUCUACGGCUUCUGGCCCUUUCCGCUGGAUCAGAACCAGAACCCCGUCAAGUACCACUACUACGACAGCCUCAAGUAUGGCUACACCUCCCAGGCCAGCCCCCACACCAUGCCCUUGGAGUUCAAGGCCCUCAAGAGCCUGCACGAGCAGGGCGCUUUGAAACUGACUGUUGGCCAGUGCGACGGAGCUACGUAAGCAGGCGCCCGGUGGACUCAGUGGCUCACAUUUCCUGCCAGCUACACCACAGGCAGAUGGGAGUCGGGGUGGCACAAACUCUAGAACAAGCAGGCUAGUGGUUUUCUUUGUUAAAGUGUAAAACAGUGACCAGAAUAUAUAUAUCUAUACCUGCAUAUAUAUAUUGACCUGAGUAUUUAUAACUGUGUGGUGUUCAUCUAGCAUUAGGCAGAUAAGCCACAGGAAGAAGGUAUGGAGAACCCACCAGAAUGGAGACCCGGUCCAUCUUUGGGGGCGAAAGGAUUCGACGUGGAAAGAAGCCAGUCCUAUGACUUUGGAUGACAAACUGCCUCCUGGGCUGGAGGGAUCUUUGGGCUCAUGGAUGAGUGGAACUGCCUUGAGCCUCUGAGACAUGUGGGAUCUGGGUGAGCCAAGACCCAGAGGGGACAAUGUGACCCAAGUCUAAACGGUGCUGUUCAUGGGAGAGAGGGAGGUCGGAGCGAUCAGGUGGGCGAAGGAGCACACGGACGCCCAGAAGCAGGGGCCACGUCCCAGCUGAAGGCCUUCCCGCGAACGCAGAGUUUCAAUGCUCGAGGGAUGAACCGCAGCUAUGGAGAGAAGGCCGGAGAAGACACGAAGGACAGUUUAUGCUCUGGCUUAGCACGAACCACCACGAACCUGGGACGGAGCAGGCAGAGGACAGUGAAGUGUGUGACAAAUUGUGCUAUUGAAAAAUUGCAACCUACUGCUAAGGGUCGGCACUCCCGCCCCGGAACAGACAGGAGAGGGUCCAAAAUAUUGCUGUAGUGGGUGUUCUCUAAAGCACCUUGAGUCCACCCAGGAGGAGGGGACCAGGGAUGUCAUCCCCAGAGUUAGCCUCCUGCCCGACCUAUUAGAAUGUCACAUGAGGGACUGUACUGUCCCCUCCCGCCUCCGGGGAAGCUCCCGCGAGAGCUUGAAAAGGCCCCGCAAAGACAAAUGCCAGCCUUUGUAAAAUACGUGGUUGCCUUUCUGGGUGCCUCCAGCGCCCCCGACUGGGAGACCUGGAAGAAUGUGAAGUAUUCGGCUCCGUUUCUCAGCAGACACUCUCUCUGUUUGCCUCCUGCGUUGCGCACACCAGGGGCCUCUCUGGCUGAUGGCGCUGUCAGCGUCACUUCUGGUCCCUCUCCUGUCCUGAUGGUCACACCGGCCGGCACUGAGCGCCAACACUGAGGUUUUCUCCUCUGCGGGGAAUGGGGCCACCUCCACUUCCUUUCGCCCCAGAGGCAAUGAUUUUAGAACUUUGCAAAAUCCAUUUUCCCUUUGUUAAGAUAAAGAGUUAAGACUUAAAAACACACACACCAAAAAAAACCCAAAGCACAUGCAGUCUCCAAAUACUGGACAGAAAAUCCCUGGGGGAAAUCUGGGCUCGGUGCCCGUAACUUGGGGCUGGAACCACAGGUCACAUAGAGACCAGCGUUAGCCGCCUUGGUUUCUUAGAUGUGUUUUCUUGUCUGAUAAAUGCGUCUUUUACAACGAAUUUGAAAGAUGAGUCAAAAACCAUUAUCUGGAAGGUGAAGGGAGUUGAGGAAAGUAAUCAAGGCCUGCUCCCCAGCACAGGAGAGCAGACAGGAUGCAUCGAUGGCAGUUCGGAAAAGGCCACUUGCUUGUAAUUAAUGGCUGACAGGAAGCCAGGGGAGGACAGUCCGAUCCAUUAACCCCCACACACACGCUCCACCUCCAAGCCGGGACUGUGAUUCUACGACUCUGCGUUCCUUUCCUUGUUGUUCUUGUGGGUGCACGAAGCCGAGACUUGGGCUUUACGUUGUGAAGUGGAUAUAUCAGGAUGCACCAGCCCUAGCAGCCUCGAUGGGCAGUGAGCAGUGUGAACUCGUCAGGAGAAGUGGAGAGAAUUAGCAUCGGACUUCACACUUCUGCGGGGCCUUUUAUCGGGAGGGUCUCCAAGGCCCUGGGAGACGCUUAAUUUCUGAAGCUUGCAGAGCCGUGGGGAAUGGGCAGGACUGCCAGCAGGGCCUGCGAGGGUGAGCCGAGGUCUUGGGUUCUAGAAUAUUCCAGUGGAGAGCCGUGAUGUCAGGUCCUGGAGCUGGCUCUGAGCUCUGUCCACCCGCCAGCACCCCUCCCUGGGGAGUGUAGGAGCCUGAGCACUUAGAAAAGCCUGGUUUUCUUCCUGUCCCUUCCUGGUUCCUGAAGCUGACAUGAUGCGAGUUGAAGUGGAAAAGCCCUUACAACCUGCCUCGGGCUCCCUCCAGAGAUAAGGAUGCGGGCCCAGGACCACUCACAUGUGCCCAUCCUCCUCUCCUCGUCCUGCCUGUGAGGGGCAGCCCUCCCUCCCCUGUCCCUUUAGAGCUCAUCUUGCGUGAGAUUCCACUGCAGCCUCCGGCAUAAGCAGCUAGCAGGAGUCCGGCCUGUCCCCCUAUCUACUGUCUGGUGAUGGCAGUGGACACAGCCAUCCGGGCCCCUUCGGUCACCUCCUGUAGACCCCCAGGCAAUCCACCCUGAAGCCCCGCAGACCUCCAUUUCCCUCAAGUUCCCCGAAUGUCCCCCCUUGUCUGCCUCCUCCUUCGCUAAAGAAAUGGAGCUGCUGGAGUGAGGUCCCCCAUGACACGCUCCCUGAUACCCUAGCCACUCCUCUGUGGCCUCCAUCCUCUCUGUCCACCAACACAUGCGCAUUCUACCCAUCCUGGCUCCCAUGGCCUAUUCCCUCACCUUCCCCACAGCCCCGGCCUGGGAAGGGGCCUCCAGGCUUACACUGCCUUUCCUCCCGACCCCCCCUCGGCCUCCAUGCCCCUGGCACCGCCCACGAUGCCCAUCGAAAGGCCCCUUCUUGCC